AUGGUGGUUUUCAGAAAGGGUGAUCAUGUGUGGCUGGACACUCAACCGAACAGUGAAUUCAAUGUCCCUAUUGGGGCAGUUGUGAAGGACUCUGACUCAGGACGGAUUUUGCUGGAGGAUGAUGAAGGCAAGGAACACUGGAUCACGGCUCGGAACAUGCACAUGGUGCGCCUUAUGCACCCCUCCUCUGUCCAGGGGGUAGAAGACAUGAUCCGCCUUGGGGACCUCCAUGAAGCAGGCAUAGUGCACAACCUCCUCAUCCGCCACCAAGAACACAAAAUCUAUACUUACACAGGAUCCAUAUUGGUAGCAGUGAAUCCAUACCAGCUUCUGCCGCUCUACACAGUCGAUCAGAUCAGACUGUACUCUAACAAGAGGAUUGGAGAGCUACCACCUCAUGUCUUUGCCAUUGCAGACAAUUGCUACUUCAAUAUGAAGAGGAAUAAGAGAGACCAGUGCUGUGUCAUCAGUGGAGAAUCUGGAGCUGGGAAGACUGAAAGCACAAAACUAAUACUACAGUUUUUGGCAGCGAUCAGUGGCCAGCAUUCCUGGAUAGAGCAGCAAGUCCUAGAGGCCAACCCCAUUCUGGAAGCUUUUGGAAAUGCCAAGACAAUUCGAAAUGACAAUUCAAGCCGCUUUGGGAAAUACAUCGAUAUUCACUUCAACCAAAAUGGUGUGAUAGAAGGAGCCCGGAUAGAACAGUUCCUUCUGGAGAAGUCCAGGGUUUGCCGGCAGGCUCCAGAGGAGAGAAAUUACCACAUCUUCUACUGCAUGCUAAUGGGGAUGAAUACAGAGCAGAAAAAGAUGCUAAAUCUGGGCACUGCUUCAGAGUACACUUAUCUCACUAUGGGCAACUGCACAUUCUGUGAUGGCCGGAAUGAUGCAAAGGAUUAUGCUCACAUUCGCUCAGCUAUGAAGAUCCUCACAUUCUCAGAUUCUGAGCACUGGGACAUCAGCAAGCUGUUGGCUGCAAUCCUGCACCUAGGAAAUGUGGAGUUCGAAGCGGCCGUGUAUGACAACUUGGACUGCUCUGAUGUGAUGGACUCACCACACUUCUCAAUUGCAACCAAACUGCUUGAGGUGGACUCCAGUGAACUCCAGAACAGCCUCACAAACCUCUCCAUCAUUGUUCGAGGAGAAAGUGUGUCCAGGCCUCUAAACAUUGUUCAAGCUGCAGAUGGGAGGGAUGCCUUUGUGAAGGGUAUAUAUGGACGUAUUUUCCUAUGGAUAGUGAACAAGAUCAAUUCAGCCAUUUUCAACCCAGCUUCUCAGAAGGCUAAAGGCAGUCAUCACUCCAUUGGGCUGCUGGACAUUUUUGGGUUUGAAAACUUCAGUAACAACAGCUUUGAGCAGCUCUGCAUUAACAUUGCCAAUGAGCACCUUCAGCAGUUCUUCGUGCGCCACGUCUUCAAGCUGGAACAAGAGGAAUACCAUGCAGAGAACAUUACCUGGAGUAACAUUGACUUCACUGAUAACCACCAGGCUUUAGAAGUCAUCGCACUCAAGCCUAUGAAUAUCAUCUCCCUCAUUGAUGAAGAGAGCAAGUUCCCAAAGGGCACAGAUGCCACCAUGCUUGUAAAAAUCAAUUCUCUCCAUGGCAAAAGUAAAGUCUACAUCCCACCUAAGAGUGUUCAUGACACCAAGUUUGGCAUCAACCACUUUGCUGGGGUUGUAUUUUAUGAAUCAAAAGACUUCCUGGAAAAGAAUCGGGACACACUGAGUGCCAAUGUAAUGCAAGUGGUUCAUUCCUCCAAAAACAAAUUCCUGAGAGAGAUUUUCCAGGUGGAAAUGACCCCGCCUAGUCUGGGACGUGGGACCAUCCGGCACCUUGGAGCUGACCAGGCCUACAAGUCUUUUUCCCAAUGUGGCUUUCUGCUGUCCAGAACAUCUGGCCACGGACAGGGUUUGGAUACUACCAAACGGCUCUCAACUCUGGGAGGACAGUUCAAGCAAUCCCUGGAAAAACUGAUGAAAAUCCUUGAGCAGUGCCAGCCAUACUUCAUCCGCUGCAUCAAGCCAAACGACUACAAGAAACCACUGUUGUUUGACAGGGAGCUGUGUAUCAAACAGCUGCGAUAUUCAGGGAUGAUGGAGACCAUUCAGAUCAGGAAAGCUGGCUUCCCAGUUCGCUACAGCUUUGAGGAGUUCUUUGAUAGAUACAGAGUUCUCCUGCCAUGGUCUCUUCGACAGCAGCUGAAGAAUGAUGCUCGACAGAGCUGUAUCAGCAUCUCUGAAGCAGUGCUGGGCAAGGAUGAAAGCUGGCAAGCUGGAAAGACCAAGAUGUUCCUAAAAGAUCAUCAUGAUACAGUACUGGAGCUUCAACGCCAAAAUAUACUCACAGAUAAGGUUCUUCUUAUCCAGAAGGUGAUGAGAGGAGUGAAGGACAGGAAACAAUUUCUGAAACAGAGGAAGUCUGCUGUAGCCAUUCAGUCAGCCUGGCGAGGCUACUGCUGCCGGAAGGAUUUCAGAAUGGUUAUGCUGGGUUUUGGGCGCCUGCAGGCUCUCUACAGGAGCCGACAGCUUGCUAAACAGUAUGAAGCAACUCGGACUCAUAUCAUCAGGCUUCAAGCCAUGUGCCGUGGUUAUAUAAUACGUCAAAAGGUAGCAGAGCAGAAGAAAGCCGUAUGUGUUAUACAGGCAUAUGCAAGGGGCAUGUUUGCUCGACGACUCUACCAAGGGAUGAAGAAGAAGAACACAGGCAAGGUGGAAGCCAGGAAUAUCCACUUGGAAGAAGAGAAACAUCUCGUGCAAGUCCUUGGACCAGCAAGGGAAGAGGCUAUGAGAUCAGAAAAGGAACACCUGGCUGCUCUGAAGAGAGAGAAGGCAGAAGCAAGACAAAGGAGGAAUGUUCUAGCCACUAAACCAGCAAAUGAUGAUGUUAUCAGUGACCAAGAAAUGGUGGACAAAAUAUUUGGGUUUUUACCUUCUAUGAUUGGAGGCCAAGAAGGACAGGCUCCUCUGGGUUUUGAGGACUUGGAAACAGAGCCAAACAAGCUGGAUGAGGUAGACCUGGACAUGGUUCCCAUGGCUGUGGAACUAGAAGAGGAAGCUGAUGGCUUGGAAGAGUACACCUUCCCAAAGUUUGCAGCUACUUAUUUCCAGGGGUCUUCUACACAUACACAUAUCCGGAGGCAGCUGCGGCACCCACUACUCUACCAUGAUGACAAGGAUAAUGUCCUGGCUUCUCUGGUUGUGUGGACUAUCAUCUUGAGAUUCAUGGGGGACCUGCCAGAGCCAACACUGUUUGCCAAGAAUGCCAGCACCAAGAGCGGCUCCGUGAUGACACAAAUAUAUGACACACUUGGCAGGAAAAACCAGGUCCAGUUCAGGAAUGACAGCCCAGAUAUGAGAGAAGGCAGAAAGGAUAACAAGAUUUCAAAGGGGAUCUCUUCCCUGAAGCUGAAACGGACAUCCAAGUUGACAGGGAAGGUGACAGACCAGCUGAGAGGUGGAGAAGAGGCCUUCCAAGAGGACAACUCAAUCUCUGAGAGGCCUAUGUCCAACCUAGAAAAAGUGCACUUCAUUAUUGGCAACGCAAUCCUGCGUCCUGCCAUCAGAGAUGAAAUUUAUUGCCAGAUUUGCAAACAACUCACGGAAAACAGCACCAGGAGCAGCUAUGCUCGAGGCUGGAUCCUUCUGUCACUUUGCCUUGGUUGCUUUCCUCCUUCAGAUACAUUUGUGAAGUACCUGUUGAAUUUCAUCCACCAUGGGCCCACAGGCUAUGCACCAUAUUGUGCUGAACGUCUGAGAAGAACCUAUGUCAAUGGAGCACGGACUGAACCUCCAAGCUGGCUGGAACUUCAGGCAACAAAGCAGAAGAAACCCAUUAUGUUUAAUGUCACCCUGAUGAAUGGCCAAAGCAUCACUGUCCCUGCAGACUCCGCUUCCACUGCCAAAGAGAUUUGUCAGUUUAUAGCAGAUAAGAUCGCACUGAAGGAUGUGUUUGGUUUUUCACUGUACAUUGCUGUAUUUGAUAAGGUCUGGUCACUGGGUGGGGGACGAGAUCACGUCCUGGAUGCCAUCUCUCAGUGUGAGCAGCUAGUGAAGGAGCGGGGCACACACGAACGCAAUGCACCCUGGAGGCUCUACUUCCGCAAGGAAAUUUUCACCCCCUGGCACAACUCCCAGGAGGAUCCUGUCAGCACUGAUCUCAUUUACCACCAAGUCAUUCGAGGCAUCCGGUUUGGAGAGUAUCGCUGUGAGAAGGAGGAGGAUUUGGUGGAGAUUGGUGCAAAAUAUUGUUACAUUCAAUUUGGAGAUUCCAUCCACAAUGAACUUGUGCAGAAGGUGCUCCAUGACUGUAUUCCAGCAAAACAACUGAAGUCCAAGCCCCUGGAAAAGUGGGUGAGCCUUAUAACCUAUGCACAUGCUAAGGCCCCAUACACACAGGACCGUCUCUCCCGUCAGACUGUGAAGGAACAACUUGUAGAUUUUGCUCGCUUUCAGUGGCCUUUGCUUUUUUCCCGAUUCUUUGAAGUCACAAAGUUUUCAGGUCCCAGCUUGCCCAAGAACCACUUCAUUGUUGCUGUAAACUGGAAAGGUAUCUGCUUCUUGGAUGAGUCAGAAAAGCGGCUCCUUGAGCUGACCUUCCCAGAGAUAACUGCCAUCCACACCAACAGGGCAGUGAAGACAUUUGGACAGAGUUGUACUCUCAUUACACUUCGUGCUGAGGAGUUUGUCCUGACAUCUGUAAACAGCGUUGUCAUUGCUGAACUGGUGGUCAUGUUCCUGGAAGGACUGAAGAAGAGAUCACAAUUUGCUGUGGCAAUGCAGGAGAAAAAAUCCCAAGAAGACCCUGCCAUCCUGUCCUUCAAGAAGGGAGACCUGCUAAUCUUCACUGAAGGAAAAAGGCUGGAUGCAAACUCUGGCUGGAUCUGUGCCCAGAAUGAAAGGACAGGCAAAACAGGGAAUGUAUUUUUGGAAGAUAUCUACAUAAUUCCUUCUCUGACAAAACCCUCUAGUCAAGUACUGAGUCUGCUGAUGAUGUCUCCAGACCAGAGGAGGACAGCUUCACAGAACUCCUACAUGGAUGAACCUGAUGAAGAAGAUCUCAAAGUGAAGCCUUACACCCUGGAGGAGUUCUCCUAUGAACACUUCAGGACUCCUGAGAAGGAAUCCAUCAGCAAAGCUGUUCUCCAAAAAUCCCGUGGGCGCAGUCAACUGUGGGCACAUUCUAAGGAGCCCUUGAAACAGCCCUUGCUGAAGAGAGCAUGCACAGACCCUGAUCUUCGUGAUUUGGCCUGUCAGGCCUUCAUUGCCAUCAUGAAAUUCAUGGGAGACUAUCCCUCAAAACAGGUGCACUCUUCUGUGGAAGUCACUGACCAGAUAUUUGUAGCAGCUAUCCAGGAAGAGAUCCUGCGGGAUGAAAUUUACUGUCAGAUUAUGAAGCAACUGACUGAGAACAGAAACAGGUAUAGCGUGACCAAGGGCUGGCAGCUCCUUUGGCUCUGCACUGGCCUGUUCCCACCCAGCAAGUCACUGCUGAAACAUGCCCAGAAGUUCAUGGAGACACGUCAGAAAGAAACACUGGCCCUGGCUUGCAGUCGGAGGAUUCAGACAGUGAUGAGGAGUGGCUCCAGGAAGUGGGCACCGCAUCCUGUGGAGGUUGAGGCCAUCUUACAAAAUAACACCAAGAUCUCACACAAGAUUUGCUUCCCCAAUGAAACAGAAGAGACUUUUGAUGUGGGAACAAACACCAAAAUCCGCACUCUGUGUCAGAACAUCGCCUCCAAGUUGCAGCUGAGCUCCUGGGAAGGUUUCAGUCUCUUUGUGAAGAUUGCAGACAAGGUGAUCAGUCAGAAUGAAGCAGACUACUUCUUUGACUCACUAAGACAGGUGACAGACUGGAACAGGAGGAACAAACCAGGGAAAGAUGGGGCUGCUAUGUCUGUGGCUUAUAAGGUGUACUUCAUGAGAAAGCUGUGGCUGAAUGUAAUUCCUGGGAAGGACCUGAAAGCUGAUUCAAUUUUUCAUUACCACCAGGAGCUGCCAAAGUACCUCAGAGGCUACCACAAGUGUUCCAAGGAUGAAGCUGUCCAGCUUGCAGGACUGAUUUAUAAAGUGCGCUUCAACAAUGACCGCACACAGCUGGCAAUCAUCCCCAAAAUCCUGAAGGAGCUGGUGCCAGAUAAUCUGCUCCGAGUAAUCUCACCAGAUGAUUGGAAGAAGAGCAUUACUGCAGCAUAUAGUAAACAUGAAGGAAAAACUGUGGAUGAGGCCAAGAUUGCCUUCUUGAAAAUGGUAUACCGGUGGCCAACAUUUGGAUCAGCCUUCUUUGAGGUGAAGCAAACAUCAGAGCCAAAUUUCCCUGAGAUUGUGCUGAUUGCAAUCAACAAGCAAGGAGUCUCACUGAUACAUCAGAAGACAAAGGAUAUUUUAAUAGUCUACCCCUUCAACAAAAUCUCCAAUUGGAGCAGUGGGAGCACAUACUUCCACAUGACAAUAGGGAACCUGGUACGAGGAAGCCGGAUCUUAUGUGAGACAUCUCUGGGUUACAAAAUGGAUGACCUGUUAACAUCAUACAUUCGCCUGCUAAUAAGUGCUGUAAACAAGCAAAAGAACCUCUCGGCAUGAGAGCAGAAACAGAACUCAUGACCCGUGUCUGUGCCAAACUACCUGUAAUUUCAUCUCCUAGAAGAAAUGUUGUUUAAUGAGCUUGAUGACCAGUCUUGUGAUCACACACUGAAUGAACUGUGUUACUGAAAUACUACAAGAGAAGCUUGAGUGAGGGUGUGCUUUCAAGUAUCUGUAAUGCUUGUCUGUCUUAGAUGAAUAUAAGAAUUCUAUUCAGAUUAUGGAUUUAGAGAAAGUCCAGCUGGAUUUUAAUGUAAUAAGGAGGCAGGAGGAUGGAGGAACCCUAAUAUGAGAGCCUCUAAAUUUCCUCUGUUCUUAAAGAGAGACACACAUUAACAGUUGUCUUCCUUUUGGAAAGAAAAUGCCAGCUUGCUGUAUAUGUGCCCAUACCAAAUGUAUAAACCCCUCACGAUCCUUCUGGCUUUUUGGGUUUUAAGCAGAAGGUGUCAGAAAAGUUACCACAGGGAUAACUGGCUUGUGGUGGCCAAGCGUUCACAGUGACGUCGCUUUUUGAUCUUUCAAUGUCGGCUCUUCCUAUCAUUGUGAAGCAGAAUUCACCAAGCGUUGGAUUGUUCACCAACUAAUAAGGAACGUGUGCUGGGUUUAGACCAUCGUGAGACAGGUUAGUUUUACCCUGCUGAUGAUGUGUUGUUGCAAUAGCAAUCCCGCUCAGUACGAGAGGAACCACAGGUUCAGACCCCUGGUGCGUGCGCUUGGCUGAGGAGCCACUGGUGCGAGGCUCCAAUCUGUGGGCUUAUGACUGAACACCUCUAAGUCAGAAUCCCACCUAGACAUAGUGAUACUGCAGCGCUGCCGGUGCCUUGGUGGGCUCGCGGUAGCGGUCACUGGAGAUUGACCCAGAAAAUGGCAGUCUUGCUCAGAACGUAGGAGAAGGAAAACUCCUCUCUUCAAACCCGGACUGAUGGAGCUUGUCCAGCUUUGCACGGUCUGCCAUCUAAGAGAAGGGUACUCUUACAAAACCUAUGACCUG